AUGCAGCUGGCCAUCAAUGUUGUAAUCUUCUUCCUCGGGUUGUACCUACCAACUUUGGUGGCCUCAAAACCUCGAAAGGCUCGCGAAGAUCUGUCAAGAAAUGUUACUCGCCAGAUUCAGAAGAUUAUCAGUGCGAUAUGUGGUCGGGGCCAGCCAGAGGAAGGUGUCGAUGUCGAACAAGAGCCGGAGAGCAUCGAGGAUGGAGCUGCUCGUUUGUACACCAAAGAGCAGGUGGAAUCAGAAUUUGAUAUGAAUGCCUGGCAGCGUCUGGCGUAUGAAGACUUCAAGACAACCAUACUCGCGAAAGAGACUGGACUCAAGACUUUUCCUUGCGUGUACGCCACCAUGGGGUAUAGAGCCGGCGACCAUCGAUAUGUCUUCCUCGAAUCCGAUGAUCCAUCAGAACCCCGAAACGUACGCAUUGUUGCGCCAGCGCUUCGGGCAUAUCUCCGCAUGUCGAAUACCCUGGGUGACAAUACCAGUAUGGUCAUCAUGGCAGCACCCACAGAGGGCGAUCCGAAGUCCGUGGAAGAGUAUAAUCACAGUUUCUGGGAGAUGUUGAGGGGUCUCCGGAUUUGGGAUUCACAACCCUGGCCGAAGCAGUUUCCUCAAGACACAGGGGACGAAAAGUGGACGUACUGCUUCGAUGGCACGCCACUUUUCCCCGUUGCUUUGACGCCUGCACAUCAGAAGAGGUGGUCUCGUCAUGCGCCAGUUCCGCUCAUCGCUUUGCAGCCGAAAUGGGUGUUGGACAAGCUCCUUAGCACUCCAGAAAAGCGCGAGGCCGCUACAGGGAAGGUGCGAAGACUGCUGAAGCAGUAUGAUCAGACUGAGAUCAGUCCAGACCUCACAAGUUAUGGCGACGUCGGUACCAGCGAGGUUCACCAGCUGUGUCUUCGCGACGAGAAUGAGACUGCGGACGUUCCGUUUCAGGACUUCGACAAGGGUGGAUCAUCCGUAGCGUUUUCGAGGCGUCCAUCGUUGGAGAGUGGUCGCUCGUCAUGCGAAAGCAGGAGGUCGAAUCAUGUCAUAGCAUGA